AUGGGGGAGAAACCAUUUAAAUGUAUUGAAUGUGGAAAGAGCUUCUGUAGAAGUGGAACACUUAGAAGACAUCAACGAACUCACACAGAGGAGAAACAAUUUAAAUGUAUUGAAUGUGGAAAGAGCUUCAGUAGAAGUGAACACCUUAGAAGACAUCAACUAACUCACACAGGUUAGUUCUCUCUUGUACCUGCGAUACAUUGACGAUAUUUUUAUCAUCUGGACACAUGGUCAACAGACCCUGGACACCUUCCACCAGAAAUUCAAUGAUUUUCACCCCACAAUCAACCUAACAAUGAAUCAAUCUAUGCAAGAAAUACAUUUUUUGGACACUACUAUAAAAAUACAGGAUGGGCACAUAGACACCACCUUAUACCGUAAACCUACUGACCGACAAACAUAUCUACAUGCCUCUAGCUACCAUCCCAAACAUACCAAACAGUCCAUUGUAUAUAGCCAGGCACUACGUUACAGCCGUAUCUGUUCCAAUUCUACAGACAGAGACUCUCACCUAAGAGAUCUACAGCAAACCUUUUUAGAACUAAAAUACCCAGCAGAUGAAGUUAGACAACAGAUCAGCAGAGCCAGACUGAUACCCAGAGAGAACUUGCUGCAAGACAGACCCAAAAAAGAAAAUAACAGAACACCUCUAGUCAUCACAUACAGCUCCCAAGUCAAAAAAAGUACAACACAUCAUCAGAGAUCUACAACCUCUCCUGGACAAUGACAGUUCUCUUUCUCAAGCUCUGGGAGGAAGACCUUUCAUUGCCUACAGACAGCCACCCAAUCUUAAACAGCUCCUAACCCACAAUAAUACUACAACCAGACCUAACACGGACACUGGCACCAGAGCCUGCAAUAAACCCAGAUGCCAACUUUGCUGCCACAUACACCCGGACAACACCAUUACUGGCCCCAACAACAUCACACAUACCAUCUCGGGACUAUUUAAUUGCUCAUCGUCUAACAUUGUGUAUGCCAUCAAAUGCCAGCAGUGUCCUUCAGCUCUCUAUAUUGGACAAACAGGCCAAACCUUACGCCAAAGAAUAAACAGACAUAAAUCUGACAUCAAGAAUGUGACGAUUUAUUGAUUAGAGCGUGACCCCCGCUAAUUGAUUUGCGAUCCCCAAUUAGCUCUUUAUGGCCGCCCAGCACGCUUCCACUCAGCGCGAUCUGCCCCGAGCUCUCAGUCACGCCUCAGCAGAGUCAGCACAGCGUCAAAACUGUCACGUAGCUUCCAUUUAGCUUCCGACAAACACACACAGAGUCCAGGUUUGUCUAUUUCAGUCCUUUAUUCCGACAUUCCCCAGAAAACUCCUGGACUCACCGCAGCCAUGACAAACUGCGUCCUUCCCUCUCAAAGAACCAGAGAGGAAGAAGAGAAACUCCUCCCAGCUUCGAAAGCUGACGUCAGAAUGCUGAGGCAUCAUGGGAACAACUUAACCUAUUAAGUUCCAAACCCCACACCCCCUCUUGCCGAACAUUCUGACAAGACCUUUUUGAGUUCAACACCUUUCCCUUUGCCUUGUGCCCCUUCCCGGCAUCUUUCCCAGGCACCUGUUGAACCCCUUCAACACUCCCAGAAUCACACUGUGUGAAACCAAUCCACGCACUUGUGACCUGAUACCUCUCAGGUGGAACACCCUUUGUGGCCCGAGAUGAACGCCUGGGCACAAACUGGGGUGCUUCAUCUGAACUUCCCCCUGACCCACUUGGGCCAGCAGUUGUGUCUUCUCCGUCAGACUCUUCCCCCUCUGACUUGACAACCCGUCUGUGAGCUUUCUCCAUUACGCUAACCGGAGAUGAAGCCUCACACCUGGACACUCCUUUCACAACCUUUGGAGAUGCCCAAACCUGCCCUGAACCCUGAUCCUGGACCUGGUCCCCAUCACCGGGAUCAGCCUCUGCCUCCCUUUCCUCCUCAGAAUCAGACAGACAUUCUGAGAGAAAAUCAGGACCAUCCCUGGGCCUUGACCACCCAUCCUGUUCACAGAACUCAGCAUGCUUACUGACCAGCAGCUUGGUCUGAUCACCCUCUGGGUAUGCAAACUUCCACCCAUUGGUUGCAGGAUCAUAUCCACAGAAGAUCAUUUCCUGAACCUUUGGACCACCUGCCUUCUGCUGAGCUGUUGGUACCGGCACGAAAGCCUUGGACCCAAACACGCGGAAGAAAUGCACCUGUGGCUUUUUCCGGUGCAACAGAAAAAACGGUGUUUCCCCUAUAACGUGGUUAUAGGACCUGUUAAAAACAAAGUUGGCAGCUUUCCAAGCUUCACCCCAAAAGCUCUGAGGCAGCCCAGAGUCACACAGCAAAACCCUGACAACUUCAGCCAGUGUUUGACUCCUGUGCUCUGCCACGCCUCUCCCUUGAGGAGACUUUGCACCCGUCACCUGGUGACGUAUUCCCUUUUCCUUGAAAAACUCCUUCAGAGCAGACCCAGUAAACUGUGACCCUCGGUCGCUCCUGAACCCUUGCACCCUGGUGGAGAACUUUAGUUUCACCUCCGCAACCCAAUCCUGGAUCAGUUGCGCUGCCUCCCCCUGUGAUUUGAGAGAGAAACACCAGCCAACCUGGCUGUGGUCAUCUGUCAGCGACAGCACAUACCUGGCUCCACCCAGACUCUCACACCUCAUGGGUCCUGACAGAUCUGUGUGAACAAGCUCAAAGGGCUCUUUGGCUACCCUCCCAAACCCGGGAAAACCAUGUACCUUUGCACCUUUGCGUACAUGAACACAUGAAUCAUGACUGGGAACCUUAGCACACUGCGCCUGUGCUUUACCAGCAUUCCCACCACCCUCCAGAGGUGACUCCAGAACAAAGAGAUUGUCCUUGCUCUUCACGUUGACCAGUUGUCUCCCCCCUCUGAAAAUGGAACAGGUGUCAUUUUCAAAGCAAAUAUUGUACCCCUGCUUCAAAAGAGCUUGUACAGAUAAUAGACAACAAUUCAGUCCCGGCACAACGUAGACCUCUAGCUCCUCCUGUAAAGGAGAAAAAAACAUGUUAGCCACAUCAGAAACUGAUUUUCGCUUUCUGUCAGCGAACAUAACAGUCAUUCCAGUUGAAACAGCCCUGCAGUUCCGCAUUUCGCCAGCAGGCUUGCUUAUCAGGUGACGACUGACAGUAGUAUCCAAAACCCAGCGCGUCACCGUGUCCUGGCUGGAGUUGUUCUUCACAGUUGCCAUAGAAGCAGUGAUAAGAAAACAACCCUCCCCAGUGUCUGAGCCACGUCCUUCCCUUGCGUUCCCACGCUGGCCUCCUCUCCGAGACUGGUUGCCAUGGAAACCCGGCUGGUUCCCAUGAGAAAAAACCUCGGCAAACCUGGCAACAUCCUGCCUUGCCUCUCUGCUCCGGUGGGGGCAAUCUCGACGCAAGUGUCCCGUUGCAUUACACACGUAGCAACGACGAACUUCAGUGGAAAAACACUGCCCCGGGCUCCGCCCAGCUGGCCUCCUUCUUCCGGAAAAGCACUUCUUGCCAGCUCCGCCCCCUCUGAACCACCACUUCAUUCCAGCACGUACAGUGGAAAACUUUUUAAACGUGCCUUUGGAAUUCUUCGCCCCCCCGACCUGCUCACUAGCACUCCUUGAGGCUAAAACAUCAGGAGCAGGGGCUCCAGCCAUCUCUAGGCUUUUGUCUCCAGGGCUCUGGCUUCCUGCUGAAGUUUCACACAAACGUCUCAGCACAUUCCCAGGCAGCCCUUGCUGUGUUUACGCCCUUGCUCAACUUCUUAGAGUGAGCUGUUCAAACAGAAUGUCCUCCAAGACCUGGCUGCCUGCCAUUGUCUUCCCGGUCUCCCAAGCUUACUCACCAGCUUAUCCGGCACCCGUAUCUCAGCUGCUCCUUCCAGCCUCAGCUCCAGAGCUCCAGCUGGUCCCAGCACCCAGCUCUCAGCACAGGCAACAACACAGCUCUCUCUUGCCUCUUAUUCAGCAGGCAAAAACUCCUGCCAGCGUCUCUGCUUCAGACCACAGACUUCAAACGCAUUCCGGCAGCCUCCAGUGACAGUUUUACGAGCGGUAAAUAAGCACCCAUAACCUGUUAACGAUUUAUUGAUUAGAGCGUGACCCCCGCUAAUUGAAUUGCGAUCCCCAAUUAGCUCUUUAUGGCCGCCCGGCACGCUUCCACUCAGCGCGAUCUGCCCCGAGCUCUCAGUCACGCCUCAGCAGAGUCAGCACAGCGUCAAAACUGUCACGUAGCUUCCAUUUAGCUUCCGACAAACACACACAGAGUCCAGGUUUGUCUAUUUCAGUCCUUUAUUCCGACAUUCCCCAGAAAACUCCUGGACUCACCGCAGCCAUGACAAACUGCGUCCUUCCCUCUCAAAGAACCAGAGAGGAAGAAGAGAAACUCCUCCCAGCUUCGAAAGCUGACGUCAGAAUGCUGAGGCAUCAUGGGAACAACUUAACCUAUUAAGUUCCAAACCCCACAGAGAAGACAGAGAAACCAGUAGGAGAACACUUCAAUCUCCCAGGACAUUCUAUACAAGAUCUCAAAGUAGCUGUUUUACUACAAAGGAAUUUCAGAAAUAGACUGGAAAGAGAAGCUGCUGAAUUGCAUCUCAUUACCAAACUUAAAACCAUGGAGAAACCUGGUCUGAACAAAGACAUUGGAUUCUUAUCUCAUUAUACAUGACAAAGCCAUUUUUCACCUUCUCACCCCUUACUCUUUCCUGUAAGACCUAUUGCAGUCGUUAAAAGUCGUCAACAGGCUCAUCACAGCCAUCUGCCAAUCACCCAUUCCCACCACCCUUCUGAGUAAUACCCCUCCCCACCUUCUCACUAUAUAGAAGGAUCUGGCAACUUCUGUUUCAGUGUAUCUGAAGAAGUGUGCAUGCAAACGAAAGCUCAUACCAAGAACUAACUUAGUUGGUCUUUAAGGUGCUACUGGAAGGAAUUUUUUUUGUUUUCACACGGGGGAGAAACCAUUUCAAUGUAUUGAAUGUGGAAACAACUUCAGUCAAAGUGGAGCACUUAGAAUACAUCAACUAACACACAAAGGAGAAACCAUUCAAAUGUAUUGAAUGUGGAAAGAGCUUCAGUAGAAGUGGACACCUUAGAAUACACAAACGAACUCACACGGGGGAGAAACCAUUUGCAUGUAUUGAAUGUGGAAAGUGUUUCAGUCAAAACGGAACACUUGGAAAACACCAAAAAACUCACACAGGAGAAACCAUUUAAAUGUACUGAAUGUGGAAAGAAUGUGGAAAGCUUCAGUCCAUAUCGACACCUUAUAAGACACCAACUUCAGCUGCAGUAGAGCACUUAGAGUACACCAACUAACUUAUACGGGGGAGAAACCAUUGGAACGUAUUGAAUGUGAGAUGAGCUUCAACUGUAAGGAUAAACUUACAUUACACUGGCGAACUCGCACAUGGGAGAAGCUUAACUCAAUAUGAAACCUUAGGAAACUUCUGCUAACUCACAUGGGGAAAACCAGAUUUAUGAAAUGUGGAAAAGGCUUCAGAGGGAGUGGAAACCUUAAUAUUCAUAAGAUAAUUUACACAGGUGGGAAACCAUAUAAAUGUAUGGAGUUUUCCGCUCAGGUUUCCCAGAUUUCCUGGGAAGUGAAGAUGAUUGUCAAGUCUCUGGAUGUGCAGAAAAUAAUUUGUGUUUGUUUUCAAUAAUAAUAAUAUUUUUUAUUUGUACCACGCCCAUCUGGCUGGAUUUCCCCAGCCACUCUGGGUGGCUUCCAACAAAACAUUGAAAUACAAUAGUCCUUCAGAUAUUAAAAGUUUCCCUAAACAGGGCAACCUUCAGAUGUCUUUUAAAGUCUGGUGGCUGUUUUUUCCUUUGACAUCUGGUGGGAAGGUAUUCCACAGGGAGGGCACCACUUCUGAGAAGGCCCUCUAUCUGGUUCCCUGUAACUUCGCUUCUCUCAGUGAGGGAACCGCCAGCAGGCUCUUGGUACUGGACAUCCAUGUCCAGGCAGAACGAUGGGGGUGAAGACUCUCCUCCCGUCACCAGUCUAGCUGCCGCAUUCUGGAUUAGUUGUUGUUUCUGGAUUACCUUCAAAGGUAGCCCCACGUAGAAUGCAUUGCAGUAGUGCAAGUGGGAGAUAACUGCAGCAUGCACUAGUCUGGCAAAACAGUCUUCAGGCAGAUAGGGUCUCAGCCUGCGUACCAGAUGGAGCUGGUAAACAGCUGCCCUGGACACAGAAUUGACCUGUGCCUCCAUGGACAGCUGCAAGUCCAUAAUGACUCCCAGGCUGCGCACCUGGUCCUUUAGGGGUACAGUUACCCCAUUCAGGACCAGGGAGUCCUCCACACCUGCCUGCCUUCUGUCCCCCCAAAACAGGACACCUGCCUUGUCGGGAUUCAACUUUAAUAUGUUAGCUGCCAUCCAUCCAAUCACCUCCAGGAAUUCACACAGGACCUUCACCAUCUUCACUGGUUCUGAUUUGAAAGAGAGGUAGAGCUGGGUAUCCACAUACUGAUGAACACCCAGCACAAACACCCUGAUGAUCUCUCCCAGCGGCUUCAUGUAGAUGUUGAAAAGCAUGGGGAGAGGACGGAACCCUGAGGCACCCCACAAGUGAGAGCUCAGGGAUCUGAACACUCAUCCCCCAACACCACUCAUCCCCCAACACCACUUUCUGAACACGGCCCAAGAGGAAGGAGCGGAACCACUGUAUAACAGUGCCUCUAGCUCCCAGCCCCUCUAGACGGUCCAGAAGGAUGUUAUGGCUGAUGGUGUCAAAUGCCUCUGAAAGAUCCAGCAGAACUAUGAAACAGCUCUCACCUUUGUCCCUAGCCCACCGGAGAUCAUUGACCGAUGUGCCCAGGUCAGUUUCAGUCCCAUGAAGAGGCCUGAAUCCCAACUGGAAGGGAUCCAAAUGGUCCACAUCUUCAGCAACCACCCAAUCAAUCAAUCAAUCAAUCAAUCAAUCACCUUGCCAUAGAGUGUUACCUCAGGUUAAGAACUUUGCUUCAGGAUGAGAACAGAAAUUGUACAGCGGCAGCAGGAGGCUCGAUUAGCUAAAGUGGUGCUUCAGGUUAAGAACAGUUUCACGUUAAGAACAGACCUCCAGAACGAAUUAAGUUCUUAAUCAGAGGUACCACUGUAACUGCCUCUUUGAGUGUGUCUGGGAAGGCUACUUCACAGAGAGAAGCAUUCACCACCCCACAGAGCCCAUCACCCAGCCCUUCCUGGCUAGCUUUUAUGAGCCAGGAUGGGCAAGGAUCAAGGAGACAGGUGGUUGGUUUCACUCGUCCAAGCAGCCUGUCCACAUCCUCGGACAUAACAGAUUGGAAUUGAUCCCACGCAACUUGACUAGACAGGACUCUAGCACUCACCAGCCCACGCCCUGCUCCCACGGGGGAGUCUACCUCUCUGAAUCUGAGUGUCUUUUCUGCAAAAAAACUUUGCAAAAUCAUUGCAGGCGAUCAUGUGGCCCAUACGGGGCCCCAUUGGAGAGUUGGUUGUAUUAAAUUGCAAACCACCUGAAACAGUCUCCUGCUGCUGUUUUCUGCAGAUGCAAGAGAGGGGGUGAAGAAGGUUUUAUUCACCUUUGCUAUCGCAAUUUGGUAGGCUUGAUGUUGAGCUCUAACCCGUGUCCGGUCAGAUUCAGAAUGAGGUUUCUGCCACUGGUGCUCUAGCUAUCUCAUUGCCCUCAGAUCAUGGAAAACCAUGGGGCUGUCCAGGCUCCAUGCAAUCGGAGAGGGCGCUUCAGAGCUAGAUAGUCAAUAAGGUAAAGGUACCCCUGCUCGUACGGGCCAGUCUUGACAGACUCUAGGGUUGUGCGCCCAUCUCACUCUAUAGGCCGGGGGCCAGCGCUGUCCGAAGACACUUCCGGGUCACGUGGCCAGCGUGACAAGCUGCAUCUGGCGAGCCAGCACAGCACACGGAACGCUGUUUACCUUCCCGCUAGUAAGUGGUCCCUAUUUAUCUACUUGCACCCGGGGGUGCUUUCGAACUGCUAGGUUGGCAGGCGCUGGGACCGAGCAGCGGGAGCACACCCCGCCGCAGGGAUUCGAACUGCCGACCUUUCGAUCGGCAAGCCCUAGGUGCUGAGGCUUUUACCCACAGCGCCACCCGCGUCCCUAGACAGUCAAUAGCCCUGGUUAACUCCACAUUCCAACCGGGCACCAGGGAAUCAGCUGAAAGGCCAUCAGCAUGGGAUAAAACAUCCCCUACCACUCUCUGGAAACCAUUUGGAUCCAUUAAGUGGCGGGGGGGACCAUCCAAAUCGGCCCCACCUCCCUGCAGAUGGGAAGGGUUGUGGAGAAGUCCAGGUGCACCAGAAAGUGAUCUGACCAUGGUACUUCUUUAGUUUCGCUUUUACUUAGUGUCAGAUCACCAACAUCCAUAGAGGUGAACACCAGGUCUAAGGAAUGUCUGCGACACUGAGUUGGGCCAAACUUAUUCAGGGACAGCCCCAUGGAGGCCAUGCUUUCCACAAAGUCCCAAUCAGCCCCUUGUAAGGUUGUGUUGGCGUGAAUGUUAAAAUCCACCAGGACAACCAAAUUAGGUGUCUCCAGGAGAACAUCUGCCACGACCUGAAGCAGCUUGGGCAGGGAAUCCUUGGUGCAGCGGGGUGGUUGGUACACCAAAAGGAAUCCUGUACUGCCCCUAUUGUCCAAUUUCAAGAACAUGCACUCAGAGAACUGGGUCUUUCCAAUAGGACGCCUGGUGCAAAUUAAUGAUUUCCUAAAAAUCACUGCAACCCACCUGCUCGCCCACAUGACUGGGUUGAGAAGAGAACCUGGUGGACAAGCAGCGGCAAGGACAGGUCCAUCUGCUUCAUCCUACCAAGUCUCUGUUACACAUGCCAAGUCAAGUUCUCCAUCCACGAUCAAGGCAGGGAAUUUAAAAGGUCUAUAUAAGGGCAGGCACACCUUUGUUCGGGGUCCUCCUCCAUCCUCCUGCAUGUGAGGGGAGCACCCUGUUGCAACAGUUCAAUAAAGAUCAGGCUUACUAGCUGCUUUGCUUCUCAAUAUUCUCUGGUUGGCCUCUGUUAUUUUCUCCUACUGAUGGAGAACCGGCCAUAGGCGCCGACUCCAUGGGGCCUGAGGGGGCCCGAGUCCCCUCAAAAAUUUUAUUGGGGGGGCUCUGCCCCCCCAAUAAUUUAAGAAAGUUAUUAGUUAUAUUCAGCGGCGCCCGGCAGAGCAGCCCUCUCGGCCACGGCAGGGACAGCACGGGGGCCGCUUGGGAGAAGCUUCCCACCCUGGGGGAGGAGCCUCCGCCGGCCCAGGUGAGCCGAGGGCGGGCAGGUGAGCCCGGCUGGCCCCGCCCCCCGCCUGGCUUUCUCUUUCUCCGGCCGGCAGCCGCGCCAGGUCUGCCGCGCCCAGGGGGCCCCGUCGGGCCGAAGCGCCGCCGUAGCCAUGCACACCCUGGCUCAGCCGGCAGCCGCCCCGGUGAGUGAAGGGGGAGCAUCACCUAGUGGUUGAAGCGGGGUGGGGUGGGGGGGUGCCCCGGGAUCCCUUGGUGCUGCUGGGGGGGUGGUGGUUGCAGUAGCAGCUCGGUGCCGAUUCCGAGAGCGUCUGGGCAUGUGCAGAGUGCCUGAUCUCUCCUAGUAUGCAACUGCGCGCAAAACGCUCCCUGGUGCAGCUGGUGGGAAGGAUUUUUUUUGGGAUGGUGGGGUCGCUUAUCGCUACUGCCCCCAAAAUCUCUCCACCGUCGGGACUCAGGCUUUGGGGUUCCUUUAAGGCCGUCAGGCUAUUUUUUGCCCAGAUUCUGCCCCAUCUCGUUUGCCCCCUCCUAAGCCAAGAUUGGAUGGUCUUCGGGGCAGAGACCUCCAACCCCAGGGCCCAGAAUGGAGAUGAGUCCCAGCAGCGCCCACUUUCUCUCCUAAGUCAGGAUUCUUCCAGCUUGGGAUGGGGAACCCAAGUCCCUGGACGGUCCAGAUUUCGUAUCCAGAGUCUCACCUUUCCAAAGAUUCCAGCUAAACUUUAGGAAGAAAUUUCUGGCUGCUAAGAGCCAUUCAACCAAAAUAUGGUGGUCUCUUCUUCACUGGAGCUUUUAAAGCAGAGGUUGGGUGGCCAUCUGUUAGGGAUUUUUUAAGCUGCGAUUUCUACGUUGCGGGGGGGGGGGGCUGGAAUAGAUGAACCCUGGGGGGCCCUUCCCAGCUCUACAGUCCUGUGGUUCUUUUCCUUCCCGCUGCUCAUGUUCUCACCUGUCCACACCACCUGUGGAAGCCCAGCUCUACCUUUCGUUAUGCCCGGCUCUGAUCUGAACCGUAAAAGCUCAUGUGGCACACCCAGCCUGUUAUUGAGCAUCUGUUAGGAGAAUCGCAGCAGAACUGUGUCAGAGGAGAGACAGGGCGUCGCUGCCUCAGUUUCAUCCAACUUCCUGCUACUGCACCUUUCUGUUAUCCCACCUGUGUUAUGCGAGAGGGGAUGGCACGACAGGUGCCCCACAUGGAAGUUGUUGCAUCUGGCCAGACUCCAGCGUACUGAGAAGGGAGCCCUGCCUCUCUCAAGAAUGCCAGCUUGUCUCCCUUUAUUUAUUUAUUUUUAAUUAAAAUGUUGCUAAGUUGCUAAGUUGGUUUCCUGGGCAAACAUCUAUUCAAAGCAGCCAGCAAGCAAAACAACAUGAAAGGAAUGGUAAGAAACAGUUUGAUGCAACAUCAGCAAAAACAAAAGCUAACGCUCUUCUAGGCUGCAUCCUCAGAAAUCUAGGGUCCAGAUCAAGGGAAAUCAUAGUCCUGUUCUGUUCUGCCUUGGUCAGACCACAUCUGGAGUCUUGGGUCCAGUCCUGAGCGCCACAAUUUAAGGAGGAUGUUGACAAGCUGGAAUGUGUGCAGAGGAGGGCGACCAAGAAGAUUUGGAAACCAAGCCUGGUGAGGAACGGUUGAAGGAGCUGGGGAUGUUUAGCCUGGAAAAGAGGAGACUGAGAGGAGAUACGAGAGCCAUCUUUAGAUAUCACCCGGAAGAUGGUAGAGCAAAUUUGUUUUCUCCUGCUCUGGAGGGUAGGGCUCGAAGCAAUGGAUUCAAGUUACAAGAAAGAAUCCUGACUAAAUAUCAGGAAGAACUUUCUGACAAAUUGUCAGAGCAUUGUUGUUGUUUAGUCGCGUCCGACUCUUCGUGACCCCCAUAGGCCCCUCAAAAAUUUUAUUGGGGGGGCAGAUAAUUUAAGAAAGUUAUUAGUUAUAUUCAGCGGCGCCCGGCAGAGCAGCCCUCUCGGCCACGGCAGCCCGGCUCUCCCAGCCCCCGGGGGCCGCCCUCCUCCCUCGCGCACCCGCAGCGUUCCCGCCUGGGGAGGCGGCGCCCCCAGGAGAGGCGGCGGCAGCAGUAGCAGCCGCGCGCGGCCCGGGCUCCCCUCGCCGGCCGCAGGAGCCAAGGCGCGCGACGAGGGCAGCCAAGGAAAGGAGCGCGUGGCCCCGUCCCGCCCUCGCCACUCACCCUUCUGCAGCGGCCCCGCCCAGCGGGGAACUUAGAAAACUUCCCGGGGCAGGACCCCGGUAUGGGCCCCCCCAAUAUUUUUUAUAAGUCGGCGCCCCUGGAACCGGCAAAGGGCUCUGUAAAGGCUCUUGUGUCCCCCAUAAGGGAAUAAGGGCAGAUUUUGUUUACAACAGGUACCUCUUUAUCUUCUUGCACUUUGUGCUUUCGAAUUGCUAGGUUGGCAGGAGCAGAAACAGAGCAACGGGAGCUCACCCCAUUGCAGGGAUUCAAACUGUCAUCCUUCUGAUUGACAAGCCCUAGGCUCUGGGGUUUAAACCACAACUCCAGCUGCGUCCCUUAUUGAGGACAAUACGUUCUUGCAAAAGCGGGGGUCCAAAGCAGCCACAGUCCAGCUGGGGCAAUGUAUGAACUUAUUUUCCCUAUGCACACGUUCCCUCCCUCGCCUUCCCAUUGGUUGGGUGCUAUAAGGUUUUCCUUCCCCCAAUUAUCAAAUAACAGACAUGAGGCUGAACGUGGGGAGAAAUUUCUCCUUCCUCCGAGUUGCCUCCACUUCCGGCUUCACCAACAGAUAAAAUCCGGGCUUGCAAAGGAGGGAGGGAAGGAGGCGGGAAGGGGGGCUGCAUAGGGCGGAGGCGGAGGAGGGGGCUUCUUCCUAAUCAAGCCUCCUAAUUAAGCGCCCUCACUCCCUGCCUCCCACUCCCAUUCCCAUUCCCGCCCCCGCCGCCCGGGAUUUCGGGUGAGUGCAAAGCCAGUGGCGGGGAAGGAGGGAAGGGGCUUUGCGAGGGGGUCCAGGAUGAGAAGCCCCGGGAGGGGGAGGAGGGAAGGGAGCUGUUUUCUUAAAGGGGGCUUGAAGGGGGGGGGGAGAAGCUUCCUCCUGCAGGGAUCUGGUACAAAGGGAGUUGCAGGGAAGGAGGGGGGAGAGGGGAGAGGGGUGGGCAUUGCUGGCCAGGAUCGCCUUAAUAGUAUUAAUUUAAAUUUAAUAUCUAUACUCCAGCAGAAGGCCCCUCGGAGGAGGACCUUAUCUUUAGGCAACAGGCGAAAGCCUUGCUCUUCUCCCAGGCGUUUGGCUCAUUAAACAAUCUAUGGACUUCACAACUGCAUUGAGGGGGGGCGAGGGUUGUCGUUUUUAUUUCCUACUCUGCUAUGCAUCUCUGUGUUUUUCUCUUGUAAGCUGCCCUGUGAUCUUUGGAGGAAGGGCAGUAUAGGAAUGUAAAGAAUAGCAGUAGAACUAGGAAAACCCUGUUGUGUUCAAGGGGGAGGUUGGGACAGAGUCUCUGACCAGCAUGCAUAGUAGGAUGGGCUUAGAAGUGUUACCGGAAAAUUCCGAGGGCUCCCUUGGACAAAACAAAGACACCAACCAGGAUAACUUGGAGCAAAACAGCAGCCUGUAGGCUUGGCCUUUAUUGAACUGAUGCAUCAGGGUGUUCCCCUCACUUGCAGGAGAGAGGAAAGACCCAGAAAAAUAGUGUUCCAGGUCUUAUAAAAACUUUUGAAAUUCCCCUCCUCUAGGUCAAGCCCAAAAGGGACGCGGGUGGUGCUGUGGGUAAAAGCCUCAGUGCCUAGGGCUUGCCGAUCGAAAGGUCGGCGGUUCGAAUCCCCGCGGCAGGGUGCGCUCCUGUUGCUCGGUCCCAGCGCCUGCCAACCUAGCAGUUCGAAAGCACCCCCGGGUGCAAGUAGAUAAAUAGGGACCGCUUUAUAGCGGGAAGGUAAAAACGGCGUUUCCGUGUGCGGCUCUGGCUCGCCAGAGCAGCGAUGUCACGCUGGCCACGUGACCCGGAAGUGUCUGCGGACAGCGCUGGCCCCCGGCCUCUUGAGUGAGAUGGGCGCACAACCCCAGAGUCUGGCAAGACUGGCCCGUACGGGCAGGGGUACCUUUACCUUUACCUUUAGGUCAAGCCCACCCCCCAGAAACAUCAUGCAUAUAUUACAGAAAGGAGGAGUUGAGGGAGGAGUUGGUGGUAACCUGAGUAUCUUGUCACCUGGCUGGUUCCUCCUUUCCCCCCUCCCCAUGAGUCACUUCCAGGAGACAAAGGGGAGUUUGCAGUUUCCUGCCCCCUGAGGGAAGAUCUGAUCAUUGUCCUUUGUUUCAGUCCAUGCUGAAUCCACUCCCAUAUGCAAGUUCUUUGUGAUCUUGACUGCCUUCUGUCUGGGAUCAUCUGGGCAGGGCUCCUGCAGAUGUGCUGAGAUGUGCUGAGAUGGUGGAGGGAUUUUGGCUGACCAGGACUAAGCCACCCCCCUUUGUUAGUUCUUGUCAUAUGGAGUAAAAUAAAAAUGGAACAGUGCAAAUCCGAUGUAUGGUUGAUUUUCUAUGAAUUUAUAACAGAAAUGUGGCGUAUGUAGUGUGUGUGUGUGUGUGUGUAUGAAGUUUGUACAAGCAGAAUGAUUGGGGGGGGGGUUCCUGCUACAGUUGGGAAGAAUAAGAAUAAGAAUAAAGAAUUCAUUACUUGCACCCUCCCUAUCUGACUGUGUUGCCUCAGCCACUCUGGGCGGCUUCCAACAAAAACACCAAAAAAAUUAAAGCAUUGAAAACUUUCCUAUACAGGACUGCCAGCAGAAUACUUCCAUUUUGUAGAAAUGGCCUUUGAAUUUUAAAAAAAGCCCUCUUUAAGGAAUCCUGUGGUGUAAACGUGUAUGUUGUCCUCUAGGUUCAAACACAUAGUAAGAGCAAGCAGUGCUCCAAAGUUCUUCUCUUGUGAACUUGCCAUCUAAGUUGUUUACUCCUGAACAAAGCUCCUGUUUCCCAAAAGGACUGGAGGGGGGGUCUCCUCACCACUUUUAACCCACCCCACUCCCACCGCAUGGAAGGCAGAGGACAUGUUCAUUCACAAUCCCAGUAAACCAUGAAGUGAACCAGGUGCUGCAGCUCCUUCCCCUCUCACGGGGCUGCUGCAAGAAAAGGCAGCAGAGGAGGAAAGGGAUGGGUUUGAAGGCUCUUCCUGCCUCUCUCCCCUGAGCAACAAGAGCAAAGGGUGUUUGCAGGGCAGAACGACAGAGGAGGAGUCAGGGAGGACAGAGGGAGAGAUGGGCGGAUCCCCCGCCUCUCCCAGGGGGUCCAGAUGCAAGCAAGGGGCUUCCUUCUUCUCCAUGCAAGGGCCACCCAUGUAUUCAGAGCAGUCCUUUGCAGAUGAACUCUUAAGUUCUAUGGGGUCUACUCUCAGGCCACUAAUGUGCAUACCAUGCCAGCCUUAGGAAGGGAGGUGGGACAGGCAGGUGAAAGGAAUUGCCAAAGGUGUUUGAAAAUGGGCAGGGGCUCUUGGGAAGGGGUCUUUUUGUGUGCAACAACUGCAGUGAGGAUGUUGAUUGCCAAGGGAUAGAAAGGAGAUAAAAUUCCAUCAGAAGAGGAGUGGCAAGUAAAAAUCCUUCAAUAUAUAGAAGUAGCACAGAUGACGGAAAAGAUAAGAAAUCGAUCGACCCAAAAGUUUAAAAGGAAAUGGGAGCUCUAUAGACAAUAUUUAAAAGAACAGUGUCCCCUUAUAAAAACUUUAAAAUGCUUUGAAUAACUCAGAAUUGAAUAAGGUACAAAGAAUUCAGACAAGAUUUAACAAAGAUAAAGUUUAUUGAAAAACAGAGGCAAGUAAUUAAGAAAAUUGCCAACCUAGCAGUUCGAAAGCACGUCAAAAGUGCAAGUAGGUAAAUAGGUACCGCUCCGGCGGGAAGGUAAACGGUGUUUCCGUGCGCUGCUCUAGUUCACCAGAAGUGGCUUAGUCAUGCUGGUCACAUGACCCGGAAGCUGAGUGCAGACAAACGCCGGCUCCCUCGGCCAGUAAAGCGAGAUGAGCAUUGCAACCCCAAAAUCAUGCGUGACUGGACCUAAUGGUCAAGGGUACCUUUACCUAAUUAAGAAAAUAAAUAACCUAUAUCAAGGAAGUCAGAAGUUGAUGGCUGGAAUAAUUUUGUGCAUUCGUGAUGUAUUGUUCUAUUUCUUUUUGUAAGAAAUGUAUUGUGCUUUUUUGUUUUGUUUCUUUUCCUUUUUAUAAGCUUUUGGGGUGUGUGUGUGUGUGUGUGUGUGUGUGUGUGUGUGUGUUGAUUUGAAACCAAUAAAGAUUGAAUAAACAAAAUAAAAUAAAAUAAAAAAGGAAAGGAGGUGAUGAAAGGAAUUGCCAAAGGUGUUUGAAAAUGGGUGGGGGCUCUUGGGAAGGGGGUGCCCAGUUGGGGCUUCUUCAGGGGCAGCAGAAUGUCUUGGGCAGGAGAAUCCCUCCAGGGGCUCUCAGACUCCCAUGGCUUCUUCUUCUUCCCUCCCUGCCAGGAAGCUGCAACUUGCUCUGGCUUCUGUGCUCCUCAGGAAGCUGAACCUGCAAACCUAGCUGAGACUGAACCUGCAACCCUGGCCAGGAUGGAAGGAGGAAGAUGGACGGCUGACCUGGUCAGGCUGUCUCCCGCAUCCCUCCCCACAACCUCUGAGCAUUCCCUCCCAGGACCCUUGGAGAAAUCUGGUGAGUUCCAAGGGAGAGGAGAUGGGGACAGGGAUAGAUGGAAGGUGGAGGGAGAAAGAGGAAAAGGUGGAGAGGAGACAAAUGGAAGGAAGUUCCUGACAGGAAGAAGGAAGGGGUGAGGCCUUCUCCAAAGCAGCUCUUUGUUUCUUGAAUCCCUUUCAUAAAGUAGUGGGGGCAGAUUUUCUCGCUCCAGGAUUUUAAAUCUUAGGAGUUCCAGUGGUACCUCGGGUCUCAAACUUAAUCGGUUCCAGAAGUCUUCCAAAACCAAAGCGUUCCAAAACCAAGGCGUGCUGUCCUGUAGAAAGUAAUGCAAAAUGGAUUAAUCCAUUCCAGACUUUUAAAAACAACCCCUAAAACAGCAAUUUAACAUGAAUUUUACUAUCUAACAAGACCAUUGAUCCAUAAAAUGAAAACAAUAAUCAAUGUUCUGUACCAUAAAAUAAAUAAGACAGUAUUGUAGAUGAUAAAAAUUAAAAAAAAAAAUUUCGUACCUACAUUGAUGAUAGUCAUUGUUUGAAUGGGGAGCUUUUAUCCCUUCCACAGUCAAUCAAUCAAUAAAUCAAUCAUAAAACAAAAAACAAGCUUCAGUCAAAAAUGGGGGCAGGGGAGCUUAAAUCAGCUGUGCAAGGGAACAAAUGGGAUGAAAAAAACCUUGAUUACGAUGGAGACGACUUAAAUUAGCUGCUCAAGGGUAAAACGGAAUGAAAAAAAGCAUUAAUUAGGGUGGGGGGCACUUAAAUUUGCUGCGCAACAGUAAAAAUGGAAGCUCAGGAGCACGUUCGGUUUCCGAGGCAAACUUCAAAAACAGGAACACCUAUUUCUGGGUUUGCAAAUGAUGAAUCAACAGAAGAAUAGUCUAUCUAUGGACUUCCAUUUUUUGAAAUAUUUUUAUUGGUUUUUACAAAUACAAGUUUAUAUCAAAGACAUUUAUAUAACCAUUUCAUGAGAUUCUCUGAAUCACAUGACUUCGCUCCAUCCCUUUAAUGGGUCCUUAUAUUAAUUUUUCCAAAACUACAUACAGUGGUACCUCCGGUUGCAAGCAGAUCUGUUCCGGAGCUCCAGACGGAUCCCGAGGUUUUUGCAAACCGGAGGACCGCUUCUGCACAUGCACGCGGCGCAAUAGAGUGCUUCUACGCGUGCGAGUGGCGAAACCCGUAAAAGUUCCAGCGGGUUACGUAACACAAGGUACCACUGUAUAGAUACAUUCUCCACAGUUUUCAUUUAUCUAAAUUGUCCAUAAACUUAUUUACAAGUGAUUCCUAAAGUCCAGCUAACGUUUUGAUUUGCGUGCAGUAAUCUCAUAGGUAAAUUAUAAAAUUUCCCCAUUCUUUUUUAAAGUCCUUGUUUUCUUGAUUCCCGAGUCUCACGGCUAAUUUUGCCAUUUCGGCAGAGUCCAGCAGUUUGGCUUGACAUUCUUCCCUAGUUGGGAUUAUUGCAUCUUUCCAUCGUUGGGAUAAUAACAUCUGUGCAGCUGUUGUCGCAUACAUAGUCUUUCCUGGUCUUUUGCGAUCUCAGUACCUGUAAUUCCAAAUAAAUAUGCUUCUACAUUCUUAACAAACAUUAUUUUAAACAUUUUUUUUAAUUCAUUAUAUACCAUUUCCCCAAAUGAUACUGUUAUCUUACAUGACCACCACAUAUAACAAAAGGUACCCACUUUUUCUUUACAUUUCCAGCAGAUAUUUGAACUUACUAGGAGUCAUAUACCACCAGUACAUCAUUUUCAUGUAGUUUUCUUUCAAUGAACAGCAAGCUGUGAAUUUCAGAUUUGUUUUCCAAAGCCUCUCCCAAUCUGCCAUUUGUAUGUUAUAUCCUAAAUCCCUUUCCCAUUUAGUCAUAACUGAUUUAACCUGUUCAUCCUUUGUAUACCGUUCUAGGAGCAAGUUAUACCUUUUAGACAGAUCUUUUUAUGUUACUUCCUAAGAGUUCUUUUUGAAAUUGUGAUGUCUCAUAAUUAAACCUUUCUUUUUGUCUAUCUUUAAGAUAUUGUUUAGUUGAUGGUACUGUAACCAGUGAGUUACAGCUUUCCUUAUCUCUUCAAAAUCUUUUAAUUUCAGUAGGUUACUUCUCAUAUUCAAUUUUUUUCAGAGAUAUUGCUUCCAAGGGAGAAAGCCACCAGGGUGUUUUUUACUCAAGCAAAUUUUUAUGCUUCUCCCAUACCCUACAAAUUGAUUUUCUGACUAAAUGAUUCUUAAAAGCUCUAUGCACCCUGGCCUUUUCCUACCAUAAAUAUGAAUUCUAUCCAUUAUUCGUGUCCUUCUAGAUCUAAAAAACAGUAUCUGUGUUUUCCAAUGUAAUCCAUUCCCGGUUCUAGCAGAUACAGGAUGUUUCAUAAUAAAGUUUCAAACCCGGCAGGGCAAAACCUCCUCUCUCUCGUACAUCUGUUAAUAAUUUAUUUUUAAUCCUUGAUUAUGUCCCUUGGAUAGCUUGAAAGAGAGGAUUAGACUGAUGCUUCUUGAUACUAUUUCCUGGAAAGCACAGGAAGGCAGAGGGCUCUUGUACUCAAAUCCUGCUUGCUGGUUUCCCACAGGCAUUUAGUUGGCCACUGUGAGAAUAGGAUGCUGGACUAGGUGGGCCUUUGCCCAAUCGAGCAGGCUCUUCUUAUGUUCUGAAACAGGCAUCCCCUAACUUGGCCCUCCAGGUGUUUUAGGACUACAACGUCCAUCAUCCCUAGCUAACAGGAACAGUGGUCAGGGCUGAUGGGAAUUGUAGUCCCAAAACAUCUGGAGGGCCAAGUUUGGGGGUGCCUGUUCUAAGAUAUUGCAAUAUUUUUACAGUUACAUGUGGCACAGUAACACGAAAGUUUGACUUCUUAGUCAUAGGAGAGACUGCUACUUGAGCCUGUGAUCCUUUCCUCCCUGGACAAAGAGAAAUACAGUGGUGCCUCGCAAGACGAAAAGAAUCCGUUCCGCGAUUCUCUUCGUCUAGCGGUUUUUUUGUCUUGCGAAGCAAGCCCAUUGACAGCUUAGCGGAUUAGCGCUACAGCGGUCUAGCGGCUUUCAGCGAUCAGCUGUUAAGCGGGUUAUCAGCGGAACGGCUGAUAGGCAGCUUAGUGCCUUAGGAAAUGGGGGGGGCGGAAAAACCCGCGGGGAUGCACAAGAUUUUUUCGUCUUGCGAAGCAGCCCCAUAGGGAAAUUCGUUUUGCGAAGCGCCUCCAAAACGGAAAACCCUUUCGUCUAGCUGGUUUUCCGUCUUGCGAGGCGUUCGUCUUGUCUAAGAAGCCAAUUCCACCACAGAUUAUAAAAUAAUGCAGUUUAUUAAGUGUGAAUGGAGUGAUCAUGUGUUUUUCUUGCUAUUAUCUCACCUGCAUUCCUAACAUAGAGAGGACAGUGGAGAAAGGAGACAGUGUUUAAAUAAGAGAAGGUGCAUAUUAGGACUGAAAUGUGUUCAGUUCCUUUCUUGUCUUUCUUGAAAGUCUUCCCCCCCCCCAAUGCAUAAUCAUAACAAAAAUUACAAACAUUGAAUCCAAAAUAAUACUAUACAAACAAAAAAGAACAGAACAUGCAAAAAAAACACAGAAAAAAAGCAAAAAAAGCAAAGGAAACAAAACAACACUAAACAAAAACGAAAAAGCACACAUCUACAGAAAAAAAACAUAUCAUUACGUACAUAUACACAUAUUGACUACCUUCCUUUGUUCUAAGACCUCAGAAAUUUUACUCUUACUAUAUUGUGUCUGAUUAGAUUACAUCCAUCUUUGUACUUUUUUUUAACACCAUAUUUUUCCCCCUUUAACCCUGUAAAGCACCAUUCAUUACAUACCAAUAUACUUACUCCAGAACAAUGUUUUUUCAUAUACUCUUUAGCACAACCCCAUUCUUUUAAUUAGUUCUGGUCCAAUUGUCCCCUUAUGAAUGCUGUGAGUCUUGCCAGAUUUAUGUAUUCACAAAAUUUAAUUUGCCAAUCUUUCAUUGAUGGAAUUUUUCUCCCUUUCCAGUUUUUUGCUAUAAGCUGUUGUUGCAUAAAAGAAUACUUUCCUUUGAUUGUUGGGGAUAUCAUUUGUAAUUAAACCUAAAAGGAAUGCCUCCGGUUUUUUACCGAAAGAUAUUUUAAACAUAUUUUUGAGUUCUUCAUAAAUUUCGUUCCAGAAUUGUUUGAUAGGUCGGCAUUCCCACCACACGUGAAACAUUGUUCCUAUUUCUUUUUUACAUCUCCAACAGGUAUUCGAUUUUAAUUUGUAAAUUUUAGCCAGUUUUACCAGAGUUAAGUACCAUUGGUACGCCAUUUUCAUAAAAUUUUCUCUUAUUGUAUAACAUGCCGUGAAUUUAAUAUCAUAUUUCCAUAAUUUUUCCCAUUGGUCCAGCCGAAUUACAUAUCCUAUAUCACAUGCCCAUUUGAUCAUAACUUCUUUUACUUCUUCAUCCUUUAAUUCCCAUUCUAAUAAUAAAUUAUACAUUUUGGAUAUAUUAUUUUUUGAGUUUUGUAAUAAUACUUUUUGUAAUUUUGAUUCUUCUUUUUCAAAUCCUAUUAUUUUAUCCUGAUUAAAUAUAUGUGCAAUUUGGUGAUAUUGUAACCAUGUAGUACAGUAUUGGGUCACCUCUUCAUAUGGUCUCAGUUUUAAUUGGCCCUGUUCUUCCUUUAGGAGCUGCUGGUAUGUCGCCAUUCUUCCUAUAGUAUUUUUCAUUUUAACCGAUAUAACUUCUAACGGGGAGACCCACCAUGGGGUUUUCGGUUCUAACAACCUUCUAUGUCUCACCCAGACCUUGUAUAAUGUCAGGGAGAGGCAAACGGGAAAAGAUGAAAGGACAGAAACCAGCAGUUAUAGAGAGCCUAAAGAGAUUAUCAGCAGCUUGUCGUCUGACAGUCAGUCUGACGUAGAGGGGGAGGAGGAUGAGCCGGGGACAAGUCAUGCUGUAUACAGAGGAAGUAAGGGGAGGAGUUUUCGCAGAAUUGCAUGCUUGGUGCGGAAAAGGAGGAAGUAACAUUAGAGGGAGCAACUGCGCACAAGGGGAAGGAGGCUAAUGGAAACGCUGCAGAUGUACGUUUGAACUUUGUCAAAUAAAUCAAUUGUUUGAAACUGGCUGGGAGCCCGGAGUCUUAUCUAUGGCCAGCUGGACAGCACUAAGCCUCUGACAUAUAAUGCAUUUCUAAUUAUGUGGCUUAGAAAUUCUUUUAUGUACUGCCACUUUGUUAUAAAUUAGAUAGGCAUGCCAACCAUAUCUGUUGUUCCAUCCCUCCAAGUCCAAAAUGUCACUGUUAUCCAAUUUGAUCCAAUCCUUGAUCCAAGUAAAGCAUGCCGCAUCGUAGUAUAGUCUCAGGUCUGGGAGUCCGAAACCUCGCCUCUCUUUUAUGUCAGUUAAUAAUUUAUGUUUGAUCCGUGGCUUUUUGCCCUGCCAUAUAAACUUUGUUAGGUCCGUUUUCCAUUUUUUAAAACAAUCAUCUUUACCUAUUAUGGGAAUCAUUUGAAAAAGGAACAGGAUUUUUGGUAAAAUAUUCAUUUUAAUAGCUGAAAUUCUACCCCAGAGUGUUAAAUUCAAUCUUGUCCAAAAUUCCAUUUCUCUUUUUGUUUCUUCCCAAUUUUUUUUAUAAUUAUCUUCAAACAAAUUUAUAUUUUUCAUUGUUAUUUGUAUUCCUAAAUAUUUCACUUUUUUUACAAUUUGUAAUCCAAAUUAUUCUACCAGUUCUUUUUUCUCUUGAUCUCCCAUGUUUUUUACCAUUAGUUUCAUUUUUACUUUAUUCAAAGCAAAACCUGAGACCCUUCCAAAGUUUCCCAUUUUUUCUAGAGCCUUUGCUAUGCUUUCUUGAAAGUCUUAACAGGAUUCUCUUCCCCCUCCCCCACUCCCAAACAGGUGAGGAAGAUGAUGGCCAGAAUUCUAUGGAGCCAUCUGUGAAUUCAUUGGGAAGAACAAAGAAACAAUUUAAAUGCAUGGAAUGCGGGAUGUCUUUUAGUCAAAGUGGAAGACUGAGGACACACCAACGAAUUCACAUAGAGGAGAAACCAUUUAAAUGUACUGACUAUCGAAAGAGAUUCAGGGAAAAUGGAACUCUUAGAAAACAUCAACGAACUCACACAGUGGAUAAACCAUUUGAAUGUAUUGAAUGUGGAAAGAGCUUCAGUCGAAAUGAAAAGCUUAGAAUACACCAACGAACUCACACGGGGGAGAAACCAUUUAAAUGUAUUGAAUGUGGAAAGGGCUUCAGUGAAAGUAGAGCACUAAGAAAACAUCAACGAACUCACACGGGGGAGAAACCUUUUAAAUGUAUAGAAUGUGGAAAGAGCUUCAGUAGAAGUGAACACCUUAGAAUACACCAACGAACUCACACGGGGGAGAAACCAUUUGAAUGUAUUGAAUGUGGAAAGCGCUUCAGUGUAAUUGGAAACCUUAGAAAUCAUCAACGAACUCACACGGGAGAGAAACCAUUUGAAUGUAUUGAAUGUGGAAAGUGCUUCAGUCGAUAUGGAACACUUAGAAUACACCAACUAACUCACACAGGGGAGAAACCAUUUAAAUGUAUUGAAUGUGGAAAGUGCUUCAGUCGAUAUGGAACACUUAGAAUGCACCAACGAACUCACACAGGGGAGAAACCAUUUAAAUGUAUUGAAUGUGGAAAGAGCUUCAAUGAAAGUGGAGCACUAAGAAAACACCAACAAACUCACACGGGGGAGAAACCAUUUAAAUGUAUUGAAUGUGGAAAGUGCUUCAGUAGAAGUGAACAUCUUAGAAUACACCAACGAACUCACACAGGGGAGAAACCAUUUAAAUGUAUUGAAUGUGGAAGGAGCUUCAGUCACAAUGGACACCUUAGAAGCCAUCAACUUACUCACACGGGGGAGAAACCAUUUAAAUGUACUGAAUGUGGAAAGAGCUUCAGUGAAAGUGGAGACCUUAGAGUACACCACCGAACUCACACGGGGGAGAAACCAUUUGAAUGUACUGAAUGUGGAAAGAGCUUCAGUGAAAGUGGAAACCUUAGAAGACACCAACGAAUUCACACGGGGGAGAAACCAUUUGAAUGUAUUGAAUGUGGAAAAAGCUUCAGUCGAAAUGGAACACUUAGAAUACACGAACAAACUCACACAGGGGAGACACCAUUUAAAUGUAUUGAAUGUGGAAAGAGCUUCAGUCAAUAUGGACACCUUAGAAUACACCAACGAACUCACACAGGAGAGAAACCAUUUAAAUGUAUUGAAUGUGGAAAGAGCUUCAGUCAAAAUGGACACCUUAGAAGCCAUCAACUAACUCAUACGGGGGAGAAACCAUUUAAAUGUACUGAAUGUGGAAAGCGCUUCAGUGUAAUUGGAAACCUUAGAAAUCAUCAACGAACUCACAUGCGGGAGAAACCAUUUAAAUGUAUUGAAUGUGGAAAUAGCUUCAGUCGAUAUGGAAACCUUAGAAUACACCAACGAACUCACACAGGGGAGAAACCAUUUAAAUGUAUUGAAUGUGGAAAGAGCUUCAGUGAAAGUGGACACCUUAGAAAACACCAAAAAAAUCACAUGGGGAGAAACCAUUUAAAUGUACUGAAUGUGGAAAGUGCUUCAGUCAAAAUGGAACACUUAGAAUACACCAAUGAACUCACACGGGCGAGAAACCAUUUAAAUGUAUUGAAUGUGGAAAGAGCUUCAGUGAAAGUGGAGAACUUAGAGUACACCACCGAACUCACACAGGGGAGACAUCAUUUAAAUGUAUUGAAUGUGGAAAGAGCUUCGGUGAAAGUGGACACCUUAGAAGACACCUACAAACUCACACGGGGGAGAAACCAUUUGAAUGUACUGAAUGUGGAAAGUGCUUCAGUCAAAAUGGAACACUUAGAAGGCAUCAACGAACUCACACAGGGGAGAAACCAUUUGAAUGUAUUGAAUGUGGAAAGAGCUUCAGUCGAUAUGGACACCUUAGAAGACACCAACGAACUCACACAGGGGAGAAACCAUUUGAAUGUAUUGAAUGUGGAAAGUGCUUUAGUCAAAAUGGAACACUUAGAAGGCAUCAACAAACUCACACAGGGGAGAAACCAUUUGAAUGUAUUGAAUGUAGAAAGAGCUUCAGUCAAAAUGGACACCUUAUAA